AUGAAUGAAUUGCGACAAAUAAAUAAUUAUGUCGUUUUUCAAACUGAUCUAGAAGCUUGCAUUGAUUAUAUUAAAUCAAUUACAAAUGAAAAAAUAUUUCUCGUUACAUCUGGAAGAGAUGCUAAAAGUAUUUUAAAAGAAGUCCAUGAAUUAGCACAAAUUGAUUCAAUGUUUAUUUUCUGUUUUAAAUCUGAAAAUCAACAUAAAGAAAAAACCACAAGAGAUUUAUCGAAAGAAUCAGCUGAAUUUCUAUGGUUUCAAAUGUUUAAAGAUGUCAUUUUGAGAUUACCAAGAGGUAAUCAUGCAAAACAACAAAUGAUUGAAUUUUGCCAGCAUUAUUAUCGUGGAAAUGAAAAAGAAUUAAAAUUCAUUCGUGAAUUUAAACAUGACUAUAAAUCGAAUAUGGCUAUUAGAUGGUAUACAAAAGAGACAUUUCUCUAUAAAUCAGUAAACAAAGCAUUGAGAACUGAAGACAUUGAACAAUUACAUAUAUUUCGAUUUUUUGUUGCUGAUUUAUCAUUGAAUCUUGCUGCUGAAUAUGAAAAAUUGAAAAAGAAAGGUGAAAAAAUCAUUAUGCUUUAUCGUGGACUAAAAAUGGAACAUGAAGAACUUGAAACUUUAAAGCAAAAUGAAGGUAAUUUAAUUUCAACAAACGGUUUCCUAUCAACAAGUCGUUCAAAAGAGAAAGCACUUAAGUUUGCUACAAAGCCGACCAAAUGUACAGACAGUGUUCCAGUUCUAUAUGAAAUUCAAUGCAAUAUAGAAGAAACAGAUUCAAUUAUUUUUGCUGAUAUUGCAGAAUUUAGCGCCUAUCCACACGAAUUAGAAGUUUUAUUUGAUCUUGGAUCAACAUUUGAAAUAGUUUCCAUUAAGAAAGAUAUAGAAUUAAGUCUAUGGUUAAUUAAAUUAAACGCUAGUGAUAAAGGAUCAAAAGUAGCUAAAGAACAUAUUGAGCUAAAUAGAAAGGAUGAAGAAGAAACUAGUUUAGAACUUAUAUUUGGCAGAUUACUAAUUGAUAUGGGGCAAUAUGAUCAAUCAUUAAAAUAUUUUCAAAGUUUGAUGUUAAAUGAUUAUACACAAAAAGAUGAUAUCGCGAAAAUUAAUAAUUUAAUUGGAUCGGCUUACUAUAAUAAAGGUGAUCUUGACAAGGCACUUGAAUACUAUGAACUGGCUUAUAAUUUAAUGAUGAACGAUAAACCAGUACGAAUAAAAGAUUCAGCAAGACCAUUAACAAAUAUAGGUCUUAUUUAUCAUCGAAAAGGUCAAUAUGAUCGUGCACUUGAAUUAUAUCUGAAAUCUAUAAAAAUAUUUGAAACAUAUUAUGGAAAAGAACAUAUAAAAACAACAAAAACACUUACGAAUAUCGGUAAUAUAUAUACAGAAACUCGAGAGUAUAAUCGUGCAUUACAAUAUUAUGAAAAUGUGCUAAAAAUUCAAAAGGAAUCGUUACCAUCUAAUCAUAUGGAAACUGCUAUGACAUUGAACAAUAUUGCAGUUUCUGAAAUAACACAUUUAAUGGAUUUUUCGUGA